AUGUCUGCUCCACCGUACCCACCAAACCAAUAUGGCGGACAACCUCAGUCCGCUCAACCAGCUUAUCCACCGCCAGGAGGCUAUGGGAACCCUGUAUAUCCUCCCCCGGUACAGCCAGGCUAUCAGCCACCUCCUUCUACCGGCUAUCAGCCGCCACCGGAGAGUUAUCCAGCCAGCUUUCCCCCGCCACCUUCCUAUGACAGCGCUAUAGCAAAGCCCCUAGAGCAGCCAUCUAGUUAUGGUGAUGGAUACGAUGUGGAAUACGGGGGAGCAGUAUCCUUCAGCGAUAAGAGUAUUCGAAUGGGUUUUAUCAGAAGGGUAUAUUUCAUCCUGAUGAUACAGCUUUCAGUGACAGUUGCAACAAUCUGCCUCUUCUUGUUCUAUAAGCCUGUACGGAACUUUGUGCAUGGUAAACAUGGAGCUGGUAAUACUGUGGUUUACGUCUCUGCAUUUGUGGUAUUCUUUGUUUUGUAUUUCGUCAUUGCCUGCUGUGAGAGUGUAAGGAGGAAGUACCCUGUCAACCUGAUCUGCCUUGCCAUCUUUACUCUGGCACUCUCUUAUCUGGUGGGAACAAUUUCAAGCUACCAUGACACCAAUAUUGUCCUAAUCAUGAUGGGUGUUACAACACUUGUUUGUUUGUCUGUCAUGAUCUUUUCUUGCCAAACAAAGUAUGACUUCACCACCUGGGGGGGAGUGCUGUUCUGUGCUGCCUUGGCCAUUUUCUUCCUCAGCAUCUUUACUCCUGUUUGGCUACUCCUUAACACAACUGCUGGAAAGAUUGUGCUUGGGGGAGUACUGGCACUGGUGUUUGUGGCUUUCCUGGCAUAUGACACUCAGUUGAUUAUGGGCGGCAAGAAGUAUGAAUUAAGUCCAGAAGAGUACAUCUUCGGUGCGCUGACGCUCUACAUGGAUAUCAUCCGAAUCUUCCUUCUUUUGCUGGCACUCUUUGGCAAGAAGUAAUAAUCAAGCACAAGUGGAGAAAGCCCAAGAAACUUGUUCAAGAUAAUAUUAUAUUUAAUCCCAUGCUUUCUCUAUAACUACAGUACAGUAUGGGAUUCAACUAACUCUUACCACACUGUAUACUGAUAGAUGUUUAUUCUAUGCAUAUUGCAUAAAAAGGUUAAACAUAAAUUUUUGGUGCCCUCCACCCCCCUUCUUACAACAACCAAAAUUUCAGGGCUCCCCCCCUCCCCUUCUGGGCUAUCUACAUUUAAACAAAAAUCAUAAGAUAACCUUGUAUUGAAAUUUUCAAUUUUUGCAGCUUGCUAUUGCAAUUUUCAAAACGUGUGAGCACACUUUGUUUCCAGCAAAUUGAGGUUAGAUAACAAAAAUUUGUUGUAAAAAUUCAUAAUGUUUGCAUCAAUGUUCUUAAUUUUGAGUCAAUUAAAAGCGAAAAUGGAGCUUUGCUGAUUCUGAAUUUAUAGCAUUUUAUCUAGUGCAAUCUUGCACUUUAAUUGUUUAUGUGACCUCGAACUUCAAGAGUAAAAUUGUUAUUGCUGGGUAUACAAAAUGCUUCCACAAAUAAUUCAAUGGUCAUGUGGGGGUUGCAAACCACCCCUAUGCAGCCCCAUAGUUUCGGACCUGCUUUUGUGAUCCUCCUUUAUGUACUGAGUGGUGGUGAGGCUUUGUAUAUCCUGGUAUAAAAAGUCAAUUUAAAAUAUUACUUGUCUAUAAAUGUACCCACUCUUGUUGACAUAUAACGUUUUAUAUAUGAAGGGGUGAUUAUGUCGUUGGUUUUAUUUGUUUCUUUUUGUAAGUUAUAAUGUUUUUUUUUUAAAUUUGCUACUGUAAACUGAUCAUAAAUUGUAUAUGUAAAUCCAGCUGUUAUAUACUAUAUAUACUAUAUAAUAGCAACAAGCCUUUUGCCAGGAGGAAUUCGGAAGUAGUCCCCACUUUACAGGAAAGUUCACUCUAAUGAAAAAUAGUCUAGUACCAAUUCAAGCUAGGACAAGCUAUCUAAGAGAAAAUGGUUCUUACAAUGAUUAAACAAACUUCCCUAUCCCCCUCCAAAAAAA